AUGAUUGGAGUGUGGAAUAUUAGGGGUCUGAAUGACCCCAUUAAGCAUUCAGAGGUGAGGAAGUGGAUUGUUAAUCAUAAACUAUCUCUGAUUGCUAUUGUAGAAACUAGAGUGAGGAGUAUAAAUAUUGAUAAAGCGUGGAGAAGUCUGAAUAUGAAGGGAUGGAAGAGGAUAAGUAAUUAUAAUUUUUAUGAUUUAGGGAGAAUUUGGGUUAUUUUUAAGAAUGAUGUCCCGGUCAAUUGUUUGAUAAAAUCCAUUCAAAUGAUGCAAUGUGAGAUUACUAGUGAAGGGAGAGCUCUCAAAGUAACUUUUAUAUAUGGCAUGAAUGACCUUGGAAACAGGAAGGAGAUGUGGAGAGACAUCUUAAGCAUUGUUAAUACUACAAAUGAUCCUUGGGUAGUAUUAGGAGACUUUAAUGCUAUUUUAAAAGACUCUAAUAGAUGUGGAGGCAAUUCUGUAAAUCAGAGUGAGUGUUUGGAGUUUCAGGAUUGUCUGGAUGCUGCAGAACUAUCUGAACUGAAGUGGAUGGCAAUAGUAUUGAAUCAGGGGAUAUCAGACCAUUCUCCCCUGGUAGUUAUCAUUAAUGAGCCUGUAAAAGUUAAUUACAAGCCUUUUAGAUUUUUUAACAUUUGGACUGAAAGUCCAAAGUUUAUCGAGAUAGUGGAAAGUAACUGGAGCAUGCCAGUGGAGGGGUUUAAGAUGUAUCAAGUUAGUCAAAAACUAACUAGGCUUAAAAGAGUCCAUAGAGAAUUAAAUAGAGAGAGCUUUCAUGAUAUAUCAAGGCAAGUGGAAGAUACUAGAAGGCUGUUAGACAGAAUCCAGGGUCAAGUUCAGAAUGAUCUUAUGAAUUCUGAGUUGCUACAAGAAGAGAAAGCCACAGUUAUUAAGUUGAAGGAAUUAUUGAGAUGUGAAGAGAAUUUCUACAGACAAAAACCAAGAGUACAAUGGAUUGAUUUAGGAGAUCUCAACACAAAUUUUUUUUCAUAA